GUUUGCUGGAAGCACCCCAUUCGACAGCGGUAUCCGGACACUUUGCCCUUACUUCGUGGCUCAUUUUGGGAGAGGCUGGCGAGAUGGACAAGAACGUACUGGCGCGCGCGACGGAGGACUCGGACUCACCCACACCGGGAUACCUGUAUGGGGAGAUCGCCCGCAUGACACAGCAUUCCUUCGACACGUGCUUGAAGGUCCAGGAGUACCUGAUCGGUCGCCUGAAGAAGAACAAGCCCAACAUCAAGUAUAAGGCGCUCCAAGUCAUCAAGCACAUCUGCCGCGAGGGACGACAAGAGUUUCGUCGGGAAAUGCAAAAACAUGUGCCGACUGUCAAGGAAGCCCUUCAGUUCCGCGGCCCGCCUGAUCCGUUGCGCGGCGACGAGUACUACCGCCGCGUCCGUGAUGCUGCAAAAGAUUGCUUGGACGCGAUCUUUGACACGAAUGUGAAUGCCGUCGCAGGCAUCUCGACCCGUAUCAAAGGGGUGGGUAACCCCGAAGCUGCCCCGCAGGCGUCUGGAUGGUUCAACAGGGGCUCCAAGGACAACGCCCCGACACAGUUUCAAGUGCCUGGCGCGUACAACACGUCGGGCCCCCCUGCGGCGGGGUACGAUGCCCCGGGAGGGUACCCUGGUGGGUACAACGGUCCGGCGUACCCUGGUAGCGACGCCAACCAAUACCCUUCCCAGCAGCAGCAGCAGCCGCCGGGGUACGGCGGCGCCGCUCCUUCGUAUCCUGGCGGUCCGUUGCCUCCUUAUGGCAGCAACCCGGGUGGUGGACACCCAGGAGGUAACUACCCCCCUCCGCCGGGCAUGACCGGCUUGGGCAACCCCAUCUUUGAAGACAAGAAAGGCGAAGGCAGCAAAGGCUUUUUUGAAGGGUUGAAGGAAAAGGUAUCGUUUAAAAGCGAGCCCAAAGUCACGUUUGCCGGCGCCCCACCCGGGUCCCACUCUGCGCCGGACGGAUGGAGUUUCUCCACCAACCGCGGCCCGACCUCCGGGGCAUUCAACCCGAACGCGCCGUCAACGUACAACCCAUCCGAGCCGUACCGCCCCAACCACCAGCCCCCACCGCCCUACAACACGUCGCAAGUCGGCGGGUACACGGGCCCCACGUCGUCUUAUGCGGCGCCGUCGUCGGGCUUGACGUAUUCCGAUUCGUCCGAGGCCGAAUCGCGUCAGCACAAGUCGCAAGAGCUGCGCGAUCGCGCAUACGAAGGCGAGCGGCAGAAAGGGCGCGUCGGCGGAGUGUGGGACAGCCUGCCGACGCCGACGCUUUCGCAAGCCGCCCCUCAGCAUCGUCCGUCUCAACGACAAAGCGACGACGGACCCCGCCCGGCCGAGCGCAUUCAAAACGAAUGGGCUCAAGAACAACAGUACGUGCGGCGUCCGUCUGCUACGGCCCCCCCGCCUUCUACUAGUAGUGCUCAGCCACAACAAACUUUUGGUCGCAGCGGGGCGUCGUCGGAUGGCGCGUACGAACGAGGUAUCAUCCAAGGGCUGUGCGCCCCGGGCGGCAUGCGCGCCGUCCCGCCCAAGGACAAGCUAGAUGCGUUCCUUAAGAGCGCGCUGACGCUGGACGCCGAAGUGGUCGGACCGAUCCUGGAUGAACUACUCGGCACGGAUGCUUCGUCAUGGCAAGUUGUGUCCAAGGCACUGACGGUGAUCGAUGGACUCUUGGCAACCAACGGGUGCGAAACCUUCCACGAGUACUUUACAGACAACUACGACAUGAUCCUCCACGUAUCGACCGCGUCCGACAAGGCUGCGGUGCGCGACCGCGCCGUCAAGAUUCUGCACGUGUUGGGCAAGGCGACUUCUAGUACGGCUCCUCCGUCCCGCCGGAACAGUGGCAACCCUGCGCCGUCGGCCACCAGUGGCGACCUCCUCGGCGGCUUUGACAGCCCCAGUAGCACGCCGCCGCAGCCGUCCUCCCAAGCCCCGAAUGUACCCCCGUCGUCGUCGUCAAGUGGUGGGUUGUUUGCCGGGCUUCAAACAUCGUCGUCGUCGUCGGUGGAUGGUCACGCCGCCGCGGCGGCUCCGCAGUACACGCAACAGCCACAGUCGGUGCAAGCCACGGCCAACAUGUUCGGGGGCUUGUCGUUGGGAAGCAGCAGCUCCUCCACCGAUCCGUCUCCGUCAUACAACCAGACGCCGGCGAAUUCUGUGGCGGCGUCGUUCGAUCCGCUGCUACAGCCUCCUGUCCAGCAGCAGCAGCAGCAGCCACAACCGACGUAUGCCGCGCACCCCACGUACAACCCCAACCAAUUCCUCGCGCCACCACAACAACAGCAGCAGUAUUAUGGUGGAGGUCCCCCUCAGUUCCACCAGCAGAAUGUCGUGUACUUGCAACCUCCGCAACAACAGCAACAUCAGCAGCAGCCACCAUUGGGACUGUACCAGCAACAGCAGUACCCUCCACAGCAGUACCAACAGCAGCCGCAAUAUGGACAGCCACAACAAUACCUUGGUAAACUGCCCGUGUCGUCUUCGCAAGUGAUUGGCGCGGCUAUGAUUCCCACGGGAUACAUUGCCAAGACGAUCCAUGAACCCACGGACGCGACCAACUUUGACUUUAUGAAGCGGGACGACUCGUUCAACUUUGUCAAGGAUCACAUGAAGGGCUAAUCACGACACGCUGACUGACUGACUGACGAAGAAGGGUCCAAUACAGCGAGCUAGCUAGCUGUAGUCGAUGUCGUGGGGCAGGAGUAGUGUGUUAUUCAUAACACGAUCGACGUCGUUGGUUUUUGUGCCUUACGAGCGUGCUGCCACGUCAUCAAUGCUUUAUAUAAAU